GGCGCUGUUCGCUGCCUCAGAGUCUCCGGAGGAAGAGGAAGAACUAGAGGGUGAACCGGGAGGUAGUGUCCAUCUUAUUUACACCGGUGAGAUCGCUAAAUUCUUCAUCUCUCGGAUAUUUUAAGGAGCAUAGAGCUUGAAACCCGGGUCUUCAGAGAUGAGCAGUUCAGAGGAAGUGUCAUGGAUCUCCUGGUUCUGUGGACUGAGGGGAAAUGAGUUUUUCUGUGAGGUGGAUGAAGACUACAUCCAGGACAAGUUCAACCUGACGGGGCUCAAUGAGCAGGUUCCCCACUACCGUCAGGCCCUAGACAUGAUCCUGGACCUUGAACCAGAUGAGGAGCUGGAGGACAAUCCCAACCAGAGUGACCUGAUUGAGCAGGCAGCUGAGAUGCUGUAUGGCCUCAUCCACGCACGCUACAUCCUCACUAACCGAGGCAUAGCACAGAUGUUGGAGAAAUAUCAACAGGGAGAUUUUGGCUAUUGUCCCCGGGUCUAUUGUGAGAAUCAGCCUAUGCUUCCUAUUGGCCUGUCAGACAUCCCAGGAGAGGCCAUGGUGAAGCUGUAUUGUCCCAAAUGCAUGGACGUCUACACACCCAAGUCCUCCAGGCACCACCACACAGAUGGAGCCUAUUUUGGCACUGGCUUCCCCCACAUGCUCUUCAUGGUUCACCCUGAGUACAGGCCCAAGAGGCCCGCCAACCAGUUUGUCCCCAGGCUGUACGGGUUCAAGAUCCACCCCAUGGCGUACCAGCUGCAGCUGCAAGCCGCCUCCAGCUUCAAGAGCCCCGUCAAGGCCAUUCGCUAGAGCGUCCUGGACAGAGCAGCAGCAGGAGGAAGAGGAGGAUUCAUAGAGAGCGAAAGAAGACAGGAAAGAAUUAUUGUCAGACGGGGAGGGGUCACCUGCAUUUUACAGAGUUUUUCAGGUGCCCCUUCCCCACCUUGAAGACUGUAUUAUUUUGGUUUAGAUUAGGGCAAAUGAAAAAGAUUUUUGAGUGUGAGCGAGACAUAAAAAACGCACAGCCAUGAUCUUAAUCACAAGCAAACACAUGCACUCAUACAUACAUACAUACAUACAUACAUACAUACAUAAAUGCAUCCACACACUUGGGAUUCCAUGCACGUACCUUACCAAACUCAUCAGUGCCAAAAACAGGACAGAAAGUGGAACAAUACAGGGGCUUCAUGCUGCUGCUGCUGUUCACGAGCAAACCGAUGAGAAAAUGAUCAAAUCAGUGGGGGAGACACAACAAUAAAAAGGGUUAUAUGUCCAGGGGAAAGCUGAAGAAAGUGCAAUAGCUGAGUCAGCUUUCACCUCUGGCUCUGCGGUUGUUCUGUAUUUGGUACAGUUUGGUAAAGGGUGGUGGUAAACCCUCCUCUCCCCAUAAGCCCUCCCAAUGCAUGCACGCUGAGGCUGACACUCGCAGAGACAGUUUGGACGGGUGGGUGUUUUUCUGCAUCACUCAGUUUGAAAGAAUUUGGUUUGUCUGAUGUUUUGUGGUGUUGUUGCACAAAGCUUUCUGUUAAAUUUGCCUUAAGAUUCAGAGAACACACCCAGAUCGUUUGUUUUGUUUUUCAAGAGGCACAAACAGCAUUAGUUGUUGUUUUUUUUCUUUCUGCUGUUAAGAGGAAGUAAGUAGAGUAACGUUCAGACAAUUGUAAUCAGCCUGUGUCAUUUCUCCAGCUGUCUGUGCGUGUGUCAAACAACUGUCUGUAUUGGUAACGAAGUGAAAAUAUAACCUGUGCUAGCUACAUUUUUUCUGAGACGUGUCCCCUCCUGCAGCAGCAGGCUUAGCUGCGUUUGUAUUGUCACCCACCUUCCCUUGUAGCGUCAUCUCCUUUUUAAAAAAGAAAGAAAAAGUUAGACAUUUUGGGAAAUACGUCUAUUUUGGGCCUAUUUGCUUUCAGGCAAAGUCCAUGGUAAUGCUAGUGGUUGGUUAGCUUUGAUUAGAAUAAAUAUCCAAAAUUAGAAAACAGGUAACGUUGGCAUGGCUAUGUGUGUCCAGAAUUAUUCUAUAACCACAGCCAAUGCUCACUAUAAUUAAAACAAAAUAUCUCGUUUGUGACUGUGUACAAAAUCUAAAAUGUAACAACGACAUUUAGCAAUUUUGUGCUGGUUAGCAUUUGCUACAAGUGAAGGUCCCAGUCAAAAUUGGACCGGCACAAAACAGCCCGUAAGACCACAUUACAGGUUGUACCCUUGAACAGCUUAUACAAACAAAAUAUAAUAUUUAAAUUCGUAUUUUAGAGUAAUUAACACUUUAUAUCUUGUAUGUAGAAAAACCUGCAGCACUACAAUGGAUUGUUUUUUACAGCAUAAAAACAAAAUAUAAUGCCAUAUUUAGUGAACGUUAGAACUGAUGGAAAUUAACACAUUAUAUCUUGUUUGUUAACGUGUACAAAUCCGAAGUUUAAAACUGCCGGUUUGCAGUUCAACAUCUGAAAGUCCCGGCUAAAACUCAACCGGCACAGAAACACCCGCAACACCACUAUGAGCUGUUUUUUCAUGCAAAAAUUGUACUGUUUCAAGAAAAAAAAAGUAGUUUAAUAAGUGGUCAUUAGUUUGGAUUGGCUUCUAAUUAAUACACCAUAUCUCCUUUGUCCAUAAAAAAAACUAAGUAUAAAAACGACUUUGCCAUUUUAUAGUGGCAAUAGUUAGCGGUUAGCAGUUGUUGAGCAAGCAGUAGUAUUUACGGGUGCUUUCCAGGAAAUAGUCAAACCCCUGACAAAAAGCUGAGUUGAUUUUACACAUUACACACAUUUAAUGUGUUAAUUGUGUUUUAUUACUAUUAGACAGAGCCAGACUAGCUGUUUCCAGUCUCUUUUUUUGCUAAGCUAACCAGUGCUGGUGCUAGCUUUAUAUUUAACAUACAGAUAUGAGAGUGGUGUCCGUCUGAACAUCUACCUCUCUGCCUGAAAGUGAAUAUUUCCCAGAAUGUCAAACUGUCCAUGUAAAGAUUGAGGAGGAGAUCCGGAGAAAGGAAUUUAGACAAUCUGAAUCCUUCAGCUCACUCCACCACUGCACUGAUAUCCCACUGGUGUCUCUCCACAGCACAGUCUCAUUAUUUAUGUUCAGGUUUAGAGACAGACCAACCACCAGCCGCUUUUUUUGUUUGUUUCUAAAGCAGUGGGGCAGACACUCAGCUGCCCUUUCUUCACCUCUCUUCCCCUCUUUAUGUUUGUGUGACUGGAAUAGAUUGUUUUUGGAUUUCAUGAUACAAGAGAAGUGGUAUUUAUGUGUCCAGAUUUUAACAAAUGUUUGUCUGUGUUGUCUUUCUGCUACUGUGGAAGGGUGAGCAGGAUUCAGAAUUCUCAAUAAACUUCUAUUUUCUUUUCAUA